AUGAUACCAUCAAAAAAACUAAAUCUCGAUCUUAUAAAUGAACAUUUAUUAUGUCGUCUUUGUUCAGGUUAUUUAAUUGACGCUUGGACAAUCAAUGAAUGUUUACAUUCAUUUUGUCGUUCAUGUAUAUUUUCAUAUUUUAAUGAUAAUGAUGAUAAUACAGCAUGUCCUGUAUGUUCAACAGUUCCACAUCCAGCUAAUCCAUUACUUGGUAUAACAAAAGAUUGUUGGUUACAACAAAUUGUUUAUAAAUUAGUACCAUCAUUAUUUAAACGUGAAAUGUGUCAAAGACGUAUAUAUUAUGAUUCAAAUCCAGAUAGUAGAAUAAAAUUACUUGAACAAUAUUGUAAAACACAUCCAUCACAAAUGGGUUGUCGUGAAGAAGAAUUAGGUGAAUUAAGUGAACGUUGUUUAUUUCAACAAAAAAAUAAAUAUAAUAAUAAAGAAAAUAUUUAUAUAACAUUAGAAUAUAAUGAAAAUGAUUUAAAAGAUUUUCAACCUAAAACAUCAUUAUUUUUUAUUGAAUGUUCAUCAAAUAUGCCAAUAAAUAUAUUAAAACAAUAUUUAAAAAAAGUUUUACCUUUAUCAAAACGAACACGUUAUCAAAUAGAUAUAUUAUAUGAACAAAAAAUUUUAUUAGAUAAUUUAAUAUUAAAUCAUAUUUAUUCAUGGAAACAAAAUAAACAAGAAAAAUAUAAACAAUUACAUUUAUUCUAUAGAGUUAUUAUUAUUGAACGUGAACAAAAUGAUUCAUUAAUAAAAAGUCCUAUUAAAACUGAACAAUCAACUACAACUAGUAUUUUUAAUUUAACAGCUGCAUCUGAAAAUAAUACAACAACAGUUAUAUCAAAACCUGCUCCGUUUGUUCGUUCAACUAAUAUUUAUAAUUCAUUUGUUCAUACAACACCUUUUACACCAGCUAAAGCACGAACAAUAAGUUUAAAUAAUUCUAUAACUGAACAAUUGCAUGGUAAUGAAACAACAGAAUUAAUUAAACCAAAAGAAUGUACAUUAAUUGAUUGUAAAACAUUUGCUAUAACAACACCAAUUAAUUAUUCAAUGAAUUCUAUAAAUGAUUUAUCAAAAACAAAAAAAAAAUUAAAAAAAUCAAAUUUAAAUGAACAAUUUUUAAUAAAAAAAUGUAAAAAUGAAAAAAAAAAGAAAAUUAAAGAUGAAAAAUCUCUUUGUUCAUUAUUACCAACAAAUACUUUAAUUAUUCCAUUAAAUUCAUCUCCAUCAGAAAAUGAAAAUCCAAAUGAAAUAAUCGAACAAAAACAACUUUCAUAUUCAGAAGUUAUUCAAGAAGCUAAUAAACUUCUAGCUGCUGAUGAACCAUUAACACCAACAAACAAUUCAUCAUCAUUAUUACCUUUAACAAAUCCUAUAACAACUCGUUUAACAAAACCAAUUGCAACUGUUUCACCACUUCAUACAUCAAAAACAAAUCAUAAUCGAGUUAUACAUAAAUCUGAUGAUGAUCAAUUAAUUGAUUUAUCAAAAUCAAAUAUAACAUUAAAUGAUAUUCCAUUAAAAUUAGAAACAAGUAAUAUUGAAUCAUCUGAUGGAACAAAAAAACGUUCAAGAGAAAUAUCUUCUUCAACAACACGAUCUAAAAUAUCUCGUCAUUCAAAUAAAUCAAGUAAUGAUGAAACAAAAUCAUUGAAAAAAUCUCAGUCAAAUAUGAAUACAAAUCAAUUUUUACCACCUCCACCACCACCGCCAACAUCACAACAGCAACAACAAAUGUUUCAAAAUUUAUUUCAUUCAUUUCAAAAUCAAGCUAAUUAUUGGCCAAUGAAUCCAUGGCCUGUAGCUCCGUCUUUAGCACUUAUGGCUGAUCCUAGAAAUUAUUAUACACAAGCAUGGCCUUCUCCACAAUCAUCAGGUGUACAUGGUCCAAAAGAUCUAAGUUCAGCAAGUUUAAAUGAUUUUAUUGGUGAAACAUCGAAUCCAGUUUUUCCUUUACCACCAUCAUCAGCAGCAUUAUUAAAUUCCGCAUCAAAUUUUUCACGAACAGCAUCAUCAACUUCGUUACAUCUUCAUCAUGGAACCAAUCGACAUCGACCGGCUACACUAAAUGGUACAUUAUCUUAA